AAUCCCAGAUGGAGUUGAUAGGAGCCAUUGAUCAGGGCACAUCAAGUACUAGGUUGAUCAUCUUUAAAGCUGGAACAUGUGAGGUGCUUGUAGAGCAUCAGCUGGAGGUACAGCAACAUUUUCCUAAUGAAGGAUGGGUUGAACAAGAUCCUUUGGAACUACUCAAAUCUGUUCAUCUUUGUAUUCAGGGAGUUGUUGAUAAACUUCAGGCAAAGAAUAUCCCAGUUUCAUCAAUAAAGGGAAUUGGACUAACUAACCAACGAGAAACAACUAUUGUCUGGAACAGAUUAACUGGAAUCCCUGUUCAUCCAGCCAUGGUAUGGAGUGAUGCCAGAAACAGUCUGAUAGUCAAAAACCUCUGCAGUGAAUUUGGACAAGACCAUUUAAGGACACAGUGUGGAUUACCCAUUGCCACAUAUUUCUCUGCCACAAAACUAUUGUGGUUAUGGGACCAUAUUCCUGAGGUAAAACAGUUAGCAGAGGAGGGAAAUCUAUUGUUUGGAACUGUGGACACUUGGAUUCUUUGGAACCUCACUGGAGGAACGCAGAAUGGAUUGCACCUAACAGAUGUAACAAAUGCUUCCAGAACAAUGCUCAUGUCCUUGAAAACACUUUCCUGGGAUCCAAGUCUUCUGAAGUUCUUCAACUUGCCUCUUCAUAUUCUUCCAACCAUCAAAGCAUCCUCAGAUGAUUUUGGUUGUAUUGCAACUGGUCCUAUGAGGGGGAUCAAGAUUUCGGGGGUGGUAGGGGAUCAACAAGCAGCCCUGCUGGGACAGGGGUGCACAAGGAUAGGAGAGGCGAAAAGUACAUACGGAACAGGAUGCUUUAUGUUGUACAAUACAGGGGAUUCUAUUGUUGAAAGCAAGCAUGGUCUUCUUACAACUGUAGCAUACCAGCAAGCCGGGAGGAGUGCUACUUACGCCUUGGAGGGUUCUGUAGCAGUAGCAGGAUCUUCAGUCAGAUGGUUACGAGAUAAUCUGGGAUUAAUAAAGGACUCCAGUGAGAUAUCCUCACUGGCGGAGCAAGUGGAAAAAACUGACGGAGUGUACUUUGUUCCCGCAUUUUCAGGAUUGUUUGCUCCUCACUGGAAAAGUGAUGCUAGAGGAACUCUGUGUGGGUUAACAUCACAUUCUACAAAACAUCAUAUUUGCAGGGCUGUACUCGAGGCAACUUGUUUCCAGGUGAAGGACAUUUUCGAGGCUAUGAAGAUGGAUAGUAAGAGUUCACCAUCUUCUAUACUAGUUGACGGAGGAAUGACCGCCAGCCAGAUUUUACUACAGCUUCAGUCCAACAUACUAGGAAUAGAUGUGCAAAAACCUUCAUUUAGCGAGGUGACCGCUCUAGGGGCUGCAGUAGCUGCGGGGGUCAGCCUGGGGUUAUGGCAACUUGGAACUAAGAUUUCAGAUCUACAGACUUACAGUCCUGAGAUCGAUAAUAUUGAACGGGAUCGUAAAAUGAAAAGGUGGCGAAUGGCACUUGAACGAAGCUUAGGUUGGGAAUUGGAAUAAAACCUCUGCAAAAGGAUGAACAAUGAACAUGAUAACUCUAGAUCUCCAGCCUUUUCAAGAGAUGUAUGUUCCUUGCAGUUUGUAACUUGUAAGCAAAGCAAUUGUAAUAAUCCGCGGAUUUGUAUACAAAAACGGCAAAAUAUUAACCAUUAUGAACAAAAACUUUUAUUCUGUAAUCUCAAAUCUCAAAUGCUGUAAGGCCAAAUUUGGAAUUUUUCCUGCUAAAAAGAACAUUUUUGCUUGCUUAAAAGGCUCUGUAGGCGUAAUUACACGGAACCCUCCAUUUGUAGAGAUUAACGUGCCCAAUACAUCAGUAUCCUUAAACACUGAUCAAGGUUUCUAAACCUUGUGAAACGUAAAAUAUUCGGUAAUUACAACUUUGCAAGUGAACCGAGGAACGGAUCAGCUGUGUUGACUUCAAACUGUACGCAGCGUACACUGGAUUUUCAAGAACUUUUCAAAAGAUUUUUGCUCGGAACUCUCUGUAAUCAAUGAACAGUCGAAAGUUAACGAAAAGAUACCGAUGUAAAUCGGGUUUUGUCCUUGAGGGUCACUUGAAAUUACGCUUACAAGGCCUUAAAUCCAGAUGAUGUAAUUUUUUCACUGAUAUUUGUAGAUUUUCAGCAUUUAAAAAAUAAGUUUAUUGAAAUAUGACGUUCGAGCUGAACUGUUAGUAUUAAACCAAUUAUAUAAUUUUAAGUUUGUAACAUCAUAUGCAUGAUUGGGUUUAGUUUUAUCCCAAGUAAAAGGAUGAUUUUUAAUUAAAUAUUAUCCCUAGAUAUAAUGUUACACAUGGUGCUAAUCGAGACAAAUGUAUAAAGUUGGAUUUUUA